AUAUGCCAUUAAACCGAGUAAUUUACGUAGGGCCACUCUAAACCAUGAUGAUUUAUAUGUACAUAUAAAUUUAAUUGAGAAUAUGUUCUACACUCAUAAAUUUUAUAUAUGGUCAUUAAUUGACUAAGUAUUUGAAACCAACAUGCUUUAUCAUAUAUAUUAUAUAUAUUAGAAACACUUCUCAUCACAAUCCCUUAUAUGUGUGGUCUUUUUUGUUUCGUUGAUAAAUUACUGUGAAUUGGUGAUUGAUUGUUAAAUAAUAUAUAUAAACUGAAUUAUUAAUGGAUCCAAAGAAAGUUGUAUAUGGCGAUAAUGAUGAUGAGUACGGUGAAAAAGAGAUAAGAAAGGGUCGGUCAUGGACAAAAGAUGAGGACUCUAUACUCGUUAAUUAUAUUAAGAAACAUGGAGAGGGUCGCUGGAACUUUCUUGCCUAUGCUUCAGGUCUUAAACGAACAGGGAAAAGCUGUAGAUAUAGAUGGUUAAACUACUUGCACCCCAACAUUCAACGUGGAAAUUUUACCCUCCAAGAGCAGCUUAAGAUUCUUCAGUUCCAAUUCUCGUGGGGUAACCGGUAACUAAAUAUAUAUCUUAUAUUAUUAUAUUAUAUGAUAUUACAAAAGAAAAUAUAUUGAAAUUAACAUUCAAAUAAUUUGUAACGUACGUAUUUUUCUUUACAGAAAUUCAUGUAUGUAUUUGCUUUGCGCCUAUAUAGUAUAUGCGCCUACCAUAAUUUCGUAUCAUUACCUAAAUUCUCGAAAGUUUUCAUACUCUUGACUUGACUAUAUUAUUAAAUGUAAUGCACAUAUGUUUA